AUGAAUAAAUAUACAUUAAAUUUCAGAGAUAAAGAGAUUGAAUCUAGCUAUCAAAACGCGAUUUAACAAAGCUUUAGAAUGUUCACAUUCAAUAUUGUAACAUUUGGACUCCUCGCUGUUGUGGUAAUAAAAAUUGUAGAGAACAUUUUAGUAGAGGAAUAUCAAUAUAUUUCCAAAUAUUGCAUUUUUAUUUGCUAUUUGCUAGUCCAAUAUGGAAUCAUCAAGAAAUACAAAAAGUAUAUGCGAAUUGCUAUAAUACUAUUGAAUCACAUGUUGACCCUCAUAUUUAGUCUGCAAAUAUCAGCCUAAGAAGAUUCUUAUAACAAUUAUCUAAAGGGAGUCAAUGUUAUGGGUGCAAACUUCUUGAUGUUCAUUUCAGGUGAGUUUAUGGACACAGCCAUCUCUGCCAUAACAAUGAGCGUGAUGAGAAUUAUAUUGGUAAGAAUCCAAGCCAACUACAUGCAGUUCUCCACCAUCAUUAGUUCAGUACUUGUCAUCUUUUGCGUGAUUCGUUACUUGUAUCAUUAUCAUAAAGCAAUGCGUAAUCAAUACCUAUUCACACUAAACGAUUCCCAUUGGGAAAAAAUCCUAAAUUCAAUUGCAUUUAAACAACCCUACCUCAUGUUAUCUUUCAUAGAAGAUACCCUGCAAUUCACAUUAAAAUCGGAAGCCCAAUGUCAGAAAUUUUUUAAAAAAUAAUUUGAUGGCUCAACUUUUAUAAGAGAUUCAGUAUACAAAGGAAAUAAAUUGGAGGCUUUCUUAUUUACACAAAUUCAGAAGUAUCGCGUAGACAGAGCAUCUGUUUUCAACAAGACCUUGGUCGUAGAGUACCUAAGAAAAAUGAUAAGAAUUGAAUGCUCCAUUUAUUAUGGAAACAAACCAACAAUACUUCUUCUUAUGAGAGAUUUCCUAAAUGAAUAAAAGCCAGACACCUCAAUCUACGAGUUAAGACAUAAAAAUUUUAUAAGGCUCCUUCUUAAGAUUUUAGGUCAUUUAGAUAAGUUAUCUUCAUUUAAAUGCCGUCUCCUGGAAAGAAAGCUCUUAAUUUUACAGUUGUACGAAGACCUUAGACACUCAAAGUUACGUGAAAGUGAGGUAAACGUCUAUAAUUUAGCACACAUCUUACACAAUCUGUAUUCUCAUCUGUCAGUUAAGGCUUUUGUGAAUGGGAACAGUAAUUUAAAUACAAUUUCUAAUAUAUUUUUGUUGAUUAUGUUGAUUUUAGCGGAAAACUCUAAAGGGCCAUAUCUUUCUAUUACAUUAACUAAUGAGGAGAAUAGUUAGAAAUGGCUAGCUAUAUCAAGUAAUUUUGAAAUAGAGAAGGUAAAAAGAGCAUUAAAAUAAAUAUCAGAUUACAUUAAAUUGAUUAGUUCUUGUUAACAAAUUGAACAAUUCAAAAUUUCGUUCAAUUUAAAUUAAUAAAUCUAUAUACCAUUUCAACUAAAUGAGAUUAAUGCAAGAAGUCUAAAACAUAUUGAAUUAUAAUGA